CAAGCACAAAGAAACAAAAAGCAAGAUUGCAUUUUCAUGAUAUUUGUAAAAUUAAAUUAAAUGAUACACAAAUGCUCUAGAAAAAUAUGAAAGUAUGAAAAUGAUAUAACAGUUUAGAAAUUAGCAUUGACCUUCUAGUGAUUACCACAUGAUUGGCUGUGUUUGGAAUGUAACUCAUGCAAAAAAUUGUGGUUAAAAUAAUUUAUCCCUAAUUUCUAAAGGAUUAUUCGCGAAAUAUAUAAUCAUUGUGAGGUUGUUUGGCUCACAAUUAGUUGGUUGUUGAUUGUGAUUGUUGAACUUGGGAUAAAGAAGUUACGAAAAUAUAGAAUGAUUUCUGAAAAGAACAGCAGACGUGAAUCUGAAAUUUUAAAUGAGUUCCAGAAAAGAGUUUCUGACAUUCAAGUGGAUGAGGCCAAGUGUCUCCGAUUUCUAAUAGCAAGAAAUUUUGAUCAAGGAAAAGCAGAGGACAUGCUAAGAAAUCACAUUAAAUGGCAAAAAGAUGUAAAUUUGGAAUACUUGUUAAAUGGGUGGCCUGCUCCACGCGACAUGGAGGAUGACUUUAAAUUUUCAUUCACGGGAACAAGUCAUAAUGGGGGACCUGUGGUUUGGGUUCCUGGGGGUGAAUGGAAUAUUCGUCAUUUUGUGGAGCAAGGACGGCGUGACGACAUUAUGAAACUGACAAUACGGACCUUGGAAUAUGUCUUGGAGCAAGUCAAGAAUCAUGGGAACAAACCACUCGUAGCCAUUUACGGAUUUGAAGGACUCACUUAUCAUAAAGUGUCUCAUUUUGAAAGUAAGCUAGCUGAGCAUAUACAAAUUAAUUUCUCUCUAAAAGUGUAUGUAUAUUCAGCUAUUCAACUCUUGAACAUAUAUUUUGUAGCUUCACGGAUAGUCUACGCUGGGUUUCAGUUAUUAGAACAAAAUUAUCCAGAAAUACUGCAAAACGUCAUAAUUGUCAAUGCCCCAUAUCCAUUCUACAUAGCGUGGAACAUUAUUAGCCCUCUCUUAUCGAAAAGAACAUCAUCCAAAAUUCGAGUAUUCGGUCCAGACAAGAAAAAGUAUGUUCCAGUCUUGCGAGAACUUUGUCCCGACAAUGCAAUUCCUGUCAGUUAUCUUGGAAUAAAUACAUAAAAGAGAGGCAUUUUUGUUUCAUUUAUCCAGUUGCCCCGCAUGACUGGUAAAAAGUUUGUUGCGUUGCGUUUACUGAAUCCACUCAAGUCACUCACUCACUUGUAAUUUUGGGAAGUUCCAUAUGUUGACCGCUACAAUUACAAAUUCCAUUUUGUCAAAAUAAAAGUAAAUUUGUUACAUAUUUUAUUCAUUAAAUGCAAAACAAAUUAUUAUAGAUUGGCAUAACACAACUUUCACAAUCAGUCAAUUAGAUAUUUUAGUUUUAGAUUUUAUGGUAAGCAAGUCAAUCGGGCGAACAAAAGAAAGAGUAAAUCAUCCUAGAACAAUGUUGUUGGAAAGGAUCGGGACAAUGAUUCUUAUAGUGCUCCUGGCCAUCCUUGCAUUUCGAAUGGUUUCUCGAACUGGGCUGUGGAACGAUUUCCCCGUGGAACCAAGUGAGGUAGCUAAGCUGCCCAAUGCCGUUCUGACUAUUCAUUGUUCCAAAAACUUUACAUUACUCCAACAAAAAUACUCGUUCCCUUUUGAGCGGCAUGUCAACUGUAGUUCCACCCACUGGAUGGGAAGAUAUUUGCGAAACCUCGUCUGCCAAGAAGUGACACGACUGAUAAAGACGCCAUUGGGUGAUGAUACUGAUGAUGACAAGAUUAUUUCCCGUCCGCCCCCCAACGACUGGGUAUUGAAAAGGCUGUGCACCUAUCUCACUACCAAGUAUGCCGUUCUAUGGUCAGGACUCUUGAAACUUCAACGAAUAAAUGGGACAUGGGAGGGAAACAGUUUCGAUUGUAAGUGUUGAAAGCAACUGUAAAUUAUUAAGCAUGAAUCAGUUUAUAGAUAUAAAAUGGUCAUCCAGUGAGUUGUAAUUUUGAUGACCACACUAAGUUCAAUGAAAUUUUAUAUUUCUUGUAAGUACAUUACACAUUAUGUGCAUCUGGUAUGUAUGUAAUAAAGUUUUACUUUUUUAUUAAGAAGACUCUAAUUUGAGUAAAUAGCAGCUAAAUAAUAAUAUAGUAUUGUGAAUCACAGUUCGGUUUAAAAAUGGUUUGUACAAUACCCAAUUCGAAUUUUUAAUUUUACAAAUGUGAUGAUAAUAUUCUUGGUAAACUCAAUUCUUGUGGAGGUCACAGUUUCCUGCAGAUUCACAAAAACGUCAGAUAAUAUUUGGAUGUAUAUGAUUUAAAAUAUAACUAAAUUAAAGUCAUAAUUUUACUCUGAAAA